CUGAGAGCAGCAGAGUCGUCUGUCAGACCAACAACAGGCUUCGCGUCUCUGAGGAUUAAAGAGGGACAUCACUAUUGUUUACUGCAUCAUCAUCCUCAUCCUCCUCCUCCUCAUCAUCUUCCUCCUCCUCCUCCUCCUCAUCAUCAUCAGCUUCCUGUUUCCGGCUGUCUCUGCAUUCUGAUUGGCUGAUAUGACGCAGGUGAUGAACAACUCUGACUCAACAGUGGGCGGAGCUUCUGGAGAGGAUGUAGUGGCUCUUCAGGUGGAGUGUUUUCCCAAACUUUCCAGGCAUGUCCCGUCCAUCGUGGUGGAGCCGACAGACGGAGGCGAGGUGGAGAGUGGAGAGCUGCGCUGGCCUCCUGAUGAUGUCAGCAGUGAUGUCAGAGAGGGCAAAGCCCAGGUGACAGGUGUACCUGUGGAGGAGGCGGAGCCAGAGGAGCAGGUGAUGAGCGGGGUUUAAAACCUCUGACUGACGUGGCUUCUUCUUCAGCCAAUCAGUGUGAAGGACUCUGUGACGAGGGGAGGGGCGGGGCCAAAACUCACCUGUAGCCCCACCUCCAGGCCAGGGGGCGGAGUCAGAUCAGGACAGACCGAGCCAAUCAAAGAGGAGAAAUUUAAUUAAAAGAGUUUAGACGUUACGAGGGUCGACGGGCCGCAGAGGAUUCUGGGAUGCAGAUCUGCAUUUAUUAUAUUAUAUUAUAUUAUAUUAUAUUAUAUUACAUUAAAUAUUAAAAAUCUGAAUAAAAAUCAGAAAAUGAAGCUUCAGAUGUUUUUAUCAAUUUUAACUGCUUUUAUUCAAUUAGUUAUUGAUCAGAAUGAAGCUGUUUUGUAUUAUUAUUAUUAUUUGUUUUUAUUAC